GAUAAAAGCCAAAUGAGGAGGCUGGGAAAGAGUGUACAACGUAGCGGUUCUGAAAACCACCCUCCAUUUCAUUCUGGAGCGGGGAGGUCACACCCAGGCAUCAAAAUAGCUUCUCUCCUCAAAGUAAAUUAGCUGAUGGAGAAAUCGGGGCUUGGAACUUUCGACUAACUUCGCAAGGCCACACAGCCGUCCACAGGGCCAUACGGAUUGCAUAAAUCUGGAUAUUAUCUUCUGGGUGGAGCAUUAAAACAACUGAAACAGAUACCCUCAUUCUCCACUUGACAAGGUCAUGGAAGAUCUAGACGAAACAUUAUUUGAAGAAUUUGAGAACUACUCCUAUACCCUGGAAUAUUACUCCUCAGAGUCUGAUUUGGAGGAGAAAGCCCACCUGGGAGUUGUUCACUGGAUCUCCCUGGUGUUAUACUGUGUAGCAUUCAUUUUGGGUAUUCCAGGAAAUGCCACUGUCAUUUGGUUCACGGGGUUCAAGUGGAAGAAGACAGUCACCGCUCUCUGGUUCCUCAAUCUGGCUAUUGCGGAUUUCAUUUUUCUUCUCUUCCUACCUCUGUACAUCUCCUACGUGGCCAUGAAUUUCCACUGGCCCUUUGGCAUCUUGUUGUGCAAGGCCAAUUCCUUCAUUGCCCAGCUGAACAUGUUUGCUAGUGUUUUUUUCCUGACGGUGAUUAGUCUGGACCGCUAUAUCCACUUGGUCCAUCCUGUCGUAUCUCAUCGGCACCGAACCCUAAAGAACUCCCUGAUAGUUAUUACAUUCGUUUGGUUUUUGGCUUCUCUAAUGGGUGGUCCUGCCCUAUACUUCCGGGACACUCUGGAGUUCAAUAACCACACUCUCUGCUAUAACAAUUUCCACGAGUAUGAUCCUGACCUUACUUUCGUGAGGCACCAUGUUCUGACCUGGGUGAAAUUUAUUGUUGGGUACCUCUUCCCCUUGCUAGCAAUGAGCAUUUGCUACUUGUGUCUCAUAUUCAAGGUGAAGAAGCGAAGCAUCCUGGUCUCCAGUAAGCAUUUCUGGACCAUCCUCGCUGUGGUCAUGGCCUUUUUGAUUUGUUGGACUCCUUAUCACCUGUUUAGCAUUUGGGAGCUUACAAUCCACCACAGUAGCUAUUUCCACCAUGUGCUUCAGGCCGGCAUCCCCCUCUCCACUGGCUUGGCAUUCCUCAAUAGUUGUUUGAACCCCAUCCUCUACGUCCUAAUUAGUAAGAAGUUCCAAACACGCUUUCGGGCCUCGGUUGCUGAGAUACUAAAGCACACGCUGUGGGAAGUCAGCUGUUCUGGCACGGUGAGCGAACAGCUCAGGAACUCUGAGACCAAGAACCUGUGUCUCCUGGAAACAGCUCAGUGAGUUAUCACUCUUCCACAAAUCAGUACAAAGCUUUUAUGUGGGUCCCCUGACAAAUGCUUUCAGGUUAUUUGGUUCCAAGGUACAGAACUAACCGUAUCUUUUUGUUGGUAUUUUUAAUCAAUUUAUUGGGAUUACAUUUUUGUGUGGGUAUAAACCUUAGGAAAGAUCUUCAUUUUUUUUCCCCCCUGCAACUUAAAUUAUCUGUCAUUUUUGUUAAUUAUACCAUAUUGGAUUAGUCACCACUGGUGACACAGUAUCAGCUAUUUUUUUAAAUCUUAGUAAUUUGGAAGUCCUAAAUCUUAAUAUUAAAUAUAUGAUUAACUCAUUUCAAAAGUGUUAAAAUAUGUGCUUAAGCUCACUUCAGUUUUGCACAAGGAACCUAUUAGACGUGUCUUAAAAAUGCAGCAUGUACUUAAUUUCUUCAUUUCAUGAAAUCUAUGUAUAUACAUUUAUAAAUUAAAGUAAUGGUUAUAGUAGCUUAACACAUUGUGAACUAUUAAUGCUUAGUGAAGCGUCCCAAAAUCUAGUUGCUUAAAAUCACAAUUUAUUACUAUUAUAUCUCAUAAAUCUGAGUCCGAAAUUCAAAUAAGGCACAGAGAGAUGGUUCAUCUCUCCACUUCACAAGGUCUGGAGCUUUAGCUGGACCGCGAUGACCCCAGUGGCUGAGGUUGGGAACAGCUUGUCCCCUCUGCCCUACGGUCUGUUCUUCCCUUCUUCUCUUCUCUUUUUUCUUCACAGCUUUUCCAGCAUGGUACGUCGGGGUAGUCAGACUUCUUAUAUGGCACAGUGUAAGGCCCUAAGAAGCCAAGGUGGACAUUUCUAGGCCUCUUAAAGACUAUGUCCGACCCCUGAUGCAGUACCACAUCCACUGUACUCUCUCGGUCCAAGUAGCCACCAGGUCAGUUCAGGUUCAAGGGGAGGUGACCCCACCUGUCAAUGGGGAUAUGCUCCUAUCCUUAAUCCCUCAUGGUAUCAGUAUAAUUAACAUUUUUGGAAAACUCUGGGUAUGUGCAAGUAUGCGUGACAUUGCUGUAAACGUAAAACCCUGACAUCUAGAGAGUAGGUAGGCCAGCCCAAUCUCAGAAAGAUUUCAGAAAAAGAAAGCAUGUGUGACAUAGUGAGUUAUUUCUACCUUCUAUUCCUAUAACGGUAUUGAUGUAGGCACCAGUACAAGACCAAUGAAGUAUACCUUUACGUCAGUGAGUGACCUCUUCAUGGUGCAACAGAGGCAUGUGGCACUUAACAGUUUAGAAAGUCUAGAGAUCAAACCUGCAUGAAAAUAAUGCUAGAACAAGGUAGACGGUAGUAAGUGCCAGAAGAAAGCCAAGAAAAGUGUAGAUUGUUCAGAGAGGAAAGAGCACCCAGUAUAGAAGUGAACAACAUUGGGGUUGCUUGAUUUGGGGGUUUCCUAAGGAUCCUGUUUCUGUCCCUUGUCUCUGCUGGUAUCCUUGUCUUUUAUGAAUACAAACUCUGCUACUCACUGCAAUUUUUAAAAGCAUUUGACUUUCCAUAAUUUCCGGAUUUUAUUUUGAAAAUUGGGAGGAGGAGAUGUAUUAUUUCUUGAGUCAGUAUCCUUUUUUAUUUCAUCUCUCAGCUUUUGGAAAUGCUAGUCUCAGAUCUUUAUUGGCUCUGUUCUUUACUGUUGGCCCAGACAACAAUCAGAUCUGGAUUUGGAAAUUAUUCCCCCAAAAUGUGUGGCAUAGCUCAGCAUAUCCCAACCUGUCACUCCCAAAUUUCAUGGUUUCUGCCCUACCCAGUAUGGAGGGAGGGUAGGAAGAAAGGUACUCAUUGUCAGUGUCUGCCCCCUCUGCCACGAGGGGUUAAGAGAGUCCACUUGCCCUCAAGGGAUAGGCCUUGAUUUCCCCGGAUCAGGAGAAAAGCUGGAGGAUCCAAGACAAAGAGAACUCUAUAGGCUCAUCCUUAGCUUGAGCAAAUGGAGAGAUUCUCAAGGCUGUUGGAGAAGGGAAGGGUGAGAAGCAGGGAGAGGAUUAGGCAACCAAGGGCAGAAGGAAAUUAUGGAGCAGGAGAUGUUACUACCUGGUAAGCAGGAGCUUACCAAGGGCCUAUAAAAAUAUUUGAGAUCUUUGGGUGCCUGGGCGGCUCAGUUGGUUAACCAUCCAAGUCUUGGUUUAGGCUCAGGUCAAGAUCUCC